UUGGGAUCAUCUGACAGUGGACUUUGCAGAAUUUCAGUAUUUCACUCUUCGGUGAUUUUAAAACCACCAGCCGCAAUCGGCCAAUCCAUUUCAAUCACGUCUCGAUCCAUUUCCUAAUGCGCCCUGCCUAUUUAAUCACCCCCCAUUUUUUCACUUUGUGAGAAGAUUCACUCCACUUUACAAGAGAUUCUGAUUCAACCCAAAAACAGGGUUACUAGUCAGCGAUAAUGGAGCAGAACGGAAGAAGGAGGAAUGGCAGAGAAGAUGACAAGGUAGAGAAUGUUUCCGAUGUUGAAUUACAAAGAACAAAUGGUCGCAACAACAGAGGAAACCCAGAAGCGGAAGAAGAAAAAGAAGGAGAAUUGUCUGUGGAAAAGGCAUUUGAGAGAGAAGAAUUGCCUUCAUGGAGGAAUCAGCUGACCAUAAGAGCCUUUGUCGUGAGCUUUGUGUUGAGCGUGCUAUUCUGUUUCAUAGUGAUGAAACUCAACCUCACCGCAGGAAUCAUUCCUUCCCUCAACGUCUCUGCUGGUCUAUUGGGUUUCUUCUUCGUCAAGACUUGGACCAAGUUCCUUGAAAAUUCUGGCUACUUGAAGCAACCUUUCACCAGACAAGAGAACACCGUCAUCCAAACUUGCGUUGUUGCCUCCUCCGGCAUCGCCUUCAGCGGAGGUUUUGGGAGUUAUCUAUUUGCACUGAGUGAGAGAAUUGCCAAACAAUCAGCAGAGGAGAAUGGCGAAUUCAAAAACCCUGCAUUGUCAUGGAUUAUUGGCUUCCUCUUUGUAGUCAGCUUUCUUGGUCUCUUCUCUGUGGUUCCUCUGAGAAAGAUUAUGAUUAUAGACUUCAAAUUGACAUAUCCAAGUGGUACUGCAACUGCUUAUCUUAUCAACAGCUUCCACACACGUCAAGGAGCCAAGCUUGCAAAGAAACAAGUGAAAGUUUUGGGCAAGUUCUUCUCCUUCAGUUUCUUGUGGGGAUUCUUUCAAUGGUUUUUCGCUGCUGAGGAUACAUGUGGGUUCGCAAACUUCCCCACAUUUGGGCUCAAAGCAUAUGAUAACAAGUUUUUCUUUGAUUUUUCGGCAACAUAUGUUGGAGUUGGGAUGAUAUGCCCCUACAUCAUAAACAUAUCAGUACUUAUAGGAGGCAUUCUUUCCUGGGGUAUAAUGUGGCCUCUGAUAGCAAAUAGAAAGGGAGAUUGGUACCCUAAAGAACUCAGCCCAAGCAGCCUCCAUGGUCUUCAAGGAUACAGGGUGUUCAUAUCUAUUGCAAUGAUCCUGGGAGAUGGUCUUUACAACUUCUUCAAAGUGCUCAGUCGAACCUUGGUCGGCUUGUAUAGUCAGUAUAAAGGGACAGAUUUGAGCAGGGGUCUACCUGUUGCGGACAGGCCCUCUCCAGAUACCCUUAAGGUGUCAUAUGAUGAGCAGAGACGAACCGAAGUCUUUCUGAAAGAUCAGAUUCCAACUUGGUUUGCCAUUGGAGGCUAUGUCAUUAUUGCUGCCAUCUCCACUGCCACUCUUCCCCACAUUUUCCACCAACUCAAGUGGUAUUACAUUAUAGUCAUAUACAUCUUUGCACCAGUGCUAGCCUUCUGCAAUGCAUAUGGGUGUGGGCUAACAGAUUGGUCCCUUGCAUCCACUUAUGGGAAGCUUGCUAUCUUCACGAUCGGGGCAUGGGCUGGUGCCUCUCAUGGCGGAGUCAUUGCAGGGCUUGCAGCGUGUGGAGUCAUGAUGAACAUCGUGUCAACAGCUUCUGAUUUGAUGCAGGAUUUCAAAACCGGUUACCUCACCUUGGCCUCUCCAAGAUCUAUGUUUGUGAGCCAAGUGAUUGGAACCGCAAUCGGUUGUUUGAUCUCCCCUUGCGUCUUCUGGCUCUUCUACAAGGCCUUUAACAUCGGACUUCCUGGUAGCCAAUACGCUGCUCCUUUCGCUGUCGUGUACCGGAACAUGGGUAUUCUUGCUGUAGAUGGCUUCUCAACUCUCCCUAAAAACUGUCUUCUGCUUUGUUAUGUCUUCUUUGGUGGAGCCAUUUUGAUAAAUGUGAUAAGAGAUGCAAUACCAAAGAAGUGGGCAAGGUUCAUUCCUCUUCCUAUGGCAAUGGCAAUACCUUUCUAUCUGGGUUCAUACUUUGCCAUAGAUAUGUGUGUUGGAAGCUUGAUAUUGUUUGUGUGGGAGAAGAUCAAUAAGGCCAAGGCGGACGCCAUGGGACCGGCGGUGGCAUCUGGGUUGAUUUGUGGGGAUGGGAUAUGGACUCUACCCAGCUCAAUACUUGCCCUUGCAGGGGUCAAAGCACCAAUAUGCAUGAAGUUUUUAUCCAGGGCCACAAAUACAAGAGUUGAUAACUUCCUAGGGUCUUGAACCUCAGAAGCAUAAAUCAUGUUGAUGGAUGCUUUGAUGAUGGAUUGAGACAAGCUUGUAAAAUACCUCUGUGUUUUUCAUUUUCUUCUUUGGUUACUGGUGUGGACAAUACUAGGUGGGUCACAGUGAGACAUUCUAUAUUUGAACUCUAUAGUGUGUUCAUCUUUUAUGGAUAUAAUGGACAUGUAGAGGGGAAAUGGUUAUCUUAAA